GGCACCGAGGAGCGGCGGCCGCGGCGGCAUCGCGUUCUGGACACGCCAGCGCUCCGCUGGACACGGCGUCCACGAGCGUGCCCGCCGCGCGCGGAUCUGCCUUCCGCGGUCCGGGGCUGCCCGGGGGGCGUCCGGCGUUCCCCGAGGGCGGGCGUGUCCGCGCGGCGCCGGCCGGGGCGCGAGCGCGGGGCCGCAGCCUGUUGCAGUGCGGGGGGCUCCGGGCCGGGGGCGCCGGGAGCCCUGCGGGGGGCCGCGCGGCCCGGCUCCCAGCGCAGAGCAGUUUUCUCCAACUCUCCGCCUCCGUCUCUUCCGGGCCCACCGCUGCCGGGAGACCCCGUCCGGACCUGCCAAGAAAGGAGUAUGUCAUGAAAAAGGAACAGAAAAGACACGUCACUGUUGGUGAAAGGGGAGUUUUCUUUCCCAGUUGGUGGUUACUUCAUGAUUGGAAGAGAAGUACCUAGGUGGCUGAAGAGAUUAGAUUUUCAUAGCUGUACCGAUGAAGCUGAUAAAAGAAGAUGGGAAAAUGCAUUCUCUGGGUCAUAAUAGGCUGAUGAGUAAGUAAGCCUGAAAAAAGACAGAUCUGAAAUGAGGACAGGAAUCUUGAGUGUUUUAAAACCAAGCAGGACUUUGAAUACUUGUUGAGGAUGUUUUUUUCCGAAAAAAUGGAGGAAGAAAAAAUUCUCAAAGCAAAAAGUGUAAAAAGCUGAGAGGAGUAACAACCCAGUCAGCUCCAAGAAUUGCAGUACUUUCAGCUUCUCUGAGCACACACAGGCAAAGGCAUCAGACAUGUAUGAUGAUCUUACCCCUGGUGAUGGCUUCCUGCUCCAGGAAUGACUUCUUAAUGUGGAUUUUGGAGUGCUUUUUUUUUCUUUUUUUUACAAUGUGUGUUUUUUGACUCUUUGUGUUAGGUAGAUUUAUGUCAAGGAAGUAAAUUGUGAAUUCAUGGUAUUUUUGACCAUCUCCACCCCUGUUCGCUGUGUGAUAUUGGAAAAUUAGAGGUUUUAACAUUCCUUGAAGUUUUACUUUACUGGAAGCAACACUGCAUCAGGCAAACAGAUCCACAGUGUAAGUUUUCUCUUUUUGGCAACUGUACUUGCUUUGAAUGAGCCGAAUGUCAGCUGGAUUUCACAGCAUAUCCAAUUUACAGUCUGUGUUUUAUCAAGGCCUUAAAUGUAUGUUUUAUACUCAGCAGAUGGGAAACACAUUGAGUACUGUGUUUGACAUGUAUGCCUAAGGAAAGGAGCUCCCUGAUGGAUCAUGGCGUUAAUGUUUACAGGACAUUUCUUAUUUUUACUGUUAGUGAUGUUUGCUUUCUCUACUUUUGAAGAAUCUGUGAGCAAUUACUCUGACUGGGCAGUUUUCCCAGAUGACAUAGAUCAGCUUAAGACACAGAAAGUGCAAGAUUUCAGACCCAACCAAAAGCUGAAGAAAAGUAUGCUUCAUCCACAUUUAUAUUUUGAUGCUGGAGAGAUCCAAGCAAUGAGGCAAAAGUCUCGCACAAGCCAUCUGCAUCUUUUUAGAGCUAUCAGAAGUGCAGUGAUGGUUAUGCUGUCCAACCCGACAUACUACCUACCUCCACCCAAGCAUGCUGAUUUUGCUGCCAAGUGGAAUGAAAUUUAUGGUAACAAUCUGCCCCCUUUAGCACUGUACUGUUUGUUAUGCCCGGAAGACAAAGUUGCCUUUGAGUUUGUUUUGGAAUAUAUGGACAGGAUGGUGGGCUACAAAGACUGGCUGGUGGAGAAUGCACCAGGGGAUGAGGUUCCAGUUGGCCAUUCCUUAACAGGUUUUGCCACUGCCUUUGACUUUUUAUAUAACUUAUUAGAUGAUCAUCGAAGGCAAAAAUACCUAGAAAAAAUAUGGGUUAUUACUGAGGAAAUGUAUGAGUAUUCCAAGGUCCGCUCAUGGGGCAAACAACUUCUUCAUAACCACCAAGCUACUAAUAUGAUAGCGUUACUCACUGGGGCCUUGGUGACUGGGGUAGAUAAAGGAUCUAAAGUAAAUCUAUGGAAACAGGUUGUAGUAGAUGUGAUGGAAAAGAUGAUGUUUCUGUUGAAUCAUAUUGUCGAUGGUACUUUGGAUGAAGGUGUUGCCUAUGGAAGCUACACGGCUAAGUCAGUCACACAGUAUGUUUUUCUGGCCCAGCGCCAUUUUAAUAUCAAUAACUUGGAUAAUAACUGGUUAAAAAUGCACUUUUGGUUCUAUUACGCCACCCUUUUGCCAGGCUUCCAAAGAACUGUGGGUAUAGCAGAUUCCAAUUAUAAUUGGUUUUAUGGUCCCGAGAGCCAAUUAGUUUUUUUGGAUAAGUUCGUCUUAAAGAACGGAGCUGGAAAUUGGUUAGCUCAGCAAAUCAGAAGGCACCGGCCUAAAGAUGGACCAAUGGUCCCCUCCACUGCCCAGAGGUGGAGUACUCUUCACACUGAAUACAUCUGGUAUGAUCCCCAGCUCACCCCACGGCCUCCUGCGGAAUAUGGUACUGCAAAAAUGCACACAUUCCCUAACUGGGGUGUUGUCACUUAUGGGGCUGGGUUGCCAAAUACACAGACCAAUACCUUUGUGUCUUUUAAAUCUGGGAAGCUAGGAGGGCGAGCUGUCUAUGACAUAGUUCACUUCCAGCCAUACUCCUGGAUUGAUGGGUGGAGAAGCUUUAACCCAGGACAUGAACAUCCAGAUCAGAACUCAUUCACUUUUGCCCCCAAUGGGCAGGUAUUUGUUUCCGAAGCUCUCUAUGGACCCAAGUUGAGCCACCUUAACAACGUACUGGUGUUUGCGCCAUCACCCACAAGCCAAUGUAAUAAGCCCUGGGAAGGUCAGCUGGGAGAAUGUGCACAGUGGCUUAAGUGGACCGGCGAGGAGGUUGGUGAUGCAGCGGGGGAGAUCAUUACUGCCUCUCAACAUGGGGACAUGGUAUUUGUGAGUGGGGAAGCAGUGUCAGCUUAUUCCUCAGCAAUGAAGCUGAAAAGUGUCUAUCGGGCUUUGCUUCUCUUAAACUCUCAGACUCUGCUAGUUGUUGAUCACGUGGAGAAGCAAGAAGAUUCCCCAAUAAAAUCUGUCAGUGCCUUCUUCCAUAAUCUGGAUAUCGAUUUUAAGUACAUCCCAUAUAGGUUCAUGAACAGGUAUAAUGGCGCCAUGAUGGAUGUGUGGGAUGCACAUUACAAAAUGUUUUGGUUUGAUCAUCGUGGCAGUAGCCCCAUUGCUAGUAUACAGGAAGCAGAGCAAGCCGCUGAAUUUAAGAAGCGGUGGACUCAAUUUGUUAAUGUCACAUUUCAGAUGGAAUCCACAAUCACAAGAAUCGUAUAUGUCUUUUAUGGGCCAUAUGUCAAUGUUUCCAGCUGCCGAUUUAUUGAUAAUUCCAAUUCUGGACUUCAGAUUUCUCUCAGUGUCAAUAAUACUGAACAUGUUGUUUCCAUUGUAACUGACUACCAUAACUUGAAAACAAGGUUCGAUUACCUGGGAUUUGGUGGCUUUGCCAGUGUGGCUGAUCAGGUCCAAAUAACCCGAUUUGGUUUGGGCACUCAAGCCAUAGUGAAGCCCAUAAGACGUGACAGAGUGAUUUUUCCCUUUGGAUUUAAAUUCAAUGUAGCAGUCGGGUUGAUUUUGUGCAUCAGCUUGGUGAUCUUAACUUUUCAGUGGCGGUUUUACCUUUCUUUUAGAAAGCUAAUGCGGUGGAUCCUCACCCUUGUUAUUGCCUUGUGGUUCGUUGAGCUGGUGGAUGUGUGGAGCACUUGCACUCAGCCCAUCUGUGCAAAGUGGGCGAGGCUGGAGGCCGAAACGAGCGCGAAGCCUGUGUCUCCCCAAGGGCACCGCAUCGAUCUUCCUGACAUCGUCAUUACCUCACUUCCUGGCUCAGGAGCUGAAAUUCUCAAACAACUCUUCUUCAAUAGCAGUGACUUUCUCUACAUCAGGGUUCCCACAGCCUACAUUGAGAUUCCUGAAACUGACUUUGAGAUCGACUCCUUUGUGGAUGCCUGUGAAUGGAAGGCGUCGGAUGUCCACGGUGUGCAUUUCCGUUUACUCCGAGGCUGGUUGCAGUCCUUGGUCCAAGACACAAAACUCCAUUUGCAAAACAUCCAUCUGCAUGAACCCAGCAGGGGUAAACUGGCCCAAUAUUUUACCACGAAUAAGGACAAAAAAAGGAAGUUGAAAAGGAGAGAGUCUUUGCCAGAACAAAGAAGCAGAAUGAAAGGCGCCUUUGAUAGAGACGCUGAAUACAUUCGGGCUCUGAGGAGACACCUGGUCCAUUACCCCAGCGCGCGGCCCGUGCUCAGCCUGAACAGUGGGAGCUGGACCUUAAAGCUGCAUUUCUUCCACGAAGUUUUAGGAGCUUCGAUGAGGGCCUUGUACGUGGUGAGGGACCCUCGGGCGUGGAUUUAUUCGAUGCUGUACAGUAGUAAACCAAGUCUUUACUCUUUGAAGAAUGUACCAGAGCACUUAGCUAAACUGUUUAAAAUAGAGGGAGGUAAAGGCAAAUGUAACUUAAAUUCGGGCUAUGCUUCCGAGUAUGAAUCAUUGAGGAAAGAAUUAUCAAAAUCCAAGCCACACGCAGUGUCCCUGCUGGCUCACGUGUGGCUAGCAAACACUGCAGCAGCCCUGAGGAUAAACACAGACCUGCUGCCUACCAGCUACCAGAUGAUCAAGUUUGAAGAUAUUGUGCAUUUUCCUCAGAAAACCACUGAAAGGAUUUUUGCCUUUCUUGGAAUUCCUUUGUCUCCUGCUAGUUUAAACCAAAUAUUGUUUGCCACCUCCACGAACCUUUUCUAUCUUCCCUAUGAAGGGGAAAUAUCACCAACUAAUACUAAUGUUUGGAAACAGAACUUGCCUAGAGAUGAAAUUAAACUGAUUGAAAACAUCUGCUGGACACUGAUGGAUCGUCUAGGAUAUCCAAAGUUUAUGGACUAAAUGCUGCAGAUGACAACUGAGGAGCAAACUCCAGAGCCUCCAGCCAGAAACUCAGCCUUCCAGCAAGGAGUGCAAGAGAGCAUGCACCUCUGCACUGGGACCAGGUGCCACAGAUCUAUGAUAGUAGGGUUCAUACCACUGAAGAGAGAAAUUCCUUUUCUUUCUUUCAUUGGUUUUCCUUGGAUAUUGCUGUCCACACCCCUGCUGAGGUUCACUGUAUGCAAAUUAGAAGACACUAUUUUGCUGAUUCUUGCAUAUGCCAGCUCUACUGCCCCCUACUUAUCAAACUGUAGGUAUUAUGGAUAUGCAAGAUAGGUUAUGCCAAUAUGUUGACACUGAAAAGAUGUGCUGACCCUACCAGAAGCCCUCCUCUGUGAUAUUGAUAAGUAACUGUGGCCAGAGCUGGGACUUAGAGUCAGAAUUCCUAUACUCACACACUCUAUAAUAUGGUACAAAGCAUAUAUAUCUGACCUUCCAUUACCGUAUCCUCCUGCUCUCACCAGUGAUCCCAGAGGUAACGUCUAUCCUGGAUUUUAUGUUUACCAUCCCCUUGCUCUUCUUUAUAGCUCCACUACAUAUGUCUCGAUCCUUAUCAACGUAUUGUAUAUUUUUGCAUGUUUGUAUACUUUAUGUAAACAGUAACAUAUUGCAUAUAUUCUUGUGCAACUUGCUUUUCUUUGCUCAAAAUUUUAUCUAAUGCAUGUUGAUGUUUGUAGGUGGAGAUCACUUAUUUUCAUCGUGGUAGGUUCCAAUAUAUGCUAUUAUCUGAAAUACCAUACUUUACGUAUCUUUCAUCUUGUUGGGUUUUGGGAAUAGUUUUAAUUUGGGCAAUUUCAAACAUUAUAUAUAAAACUGUUUAUAGAUGCUGUAUAAUGCACAUAUACAAGAAUUUUGUCAUUGUGUUUUGUUUGUACCCAGAACCUUCCCACCCAGCCGCACUCCAGCCUAGUAUAUAUAUUGAGGGCUCAAAGCACAUCAACUAUUCUUGGUACCAAAUUAUUAUUUUUACAGAUUGUUUGUACAAACUGACACUCUAGCCAUUGUAGAAAAGUUUGUGUUGCUCCAAAAUUUCUCCUGUACAUGACAUUUUCAUACUUUUAGAUGUUUUUCUGUCUAGUGGGGUAAAAGAGUGUUACGUUUCCUUUUUUCUUUUGCAGUUCUGUUAAUAACAUAGCACACGCAUGCAGCACGCGCACUCAUGCGCGCACGCACACACACAGUAGUCCUUACUUUUUCCAUUUGUGUUUCUUCUUUUGUGAAAUGAAAUCCAUGUUCAUGUCUUUUAUCCAUUUUUCCAUUGCAUUCCUUGUUUUUUCUCAUUGAU